GUCGGUUCGUGCGCUGACAGCCGGGCUCAGCCAGUCGCCAGGAAUUGAGUAGCGUUCUUUGAAUCUGCGGCUUUCAUGACGUCUCCCUGCGUGGUCCAUCACUUUUCUCCUAGCCGGGGAUUUUUUUUUUCCGCCACUCUCGCCUUUUCCCCCUUCCCUCCACCCGGUCUCCCUCCCCGGCCCCUGCCCGAACGCACACCCCUCCGCCCCUCCGUUGGCCCCCGCGCCCAGCCCUCCUCUCCACUCUCGGCCAGAAGGAGCCAGUUUGAAGACGGCCGCACCUGGCCGGAGAGGUUGGGCGGGCGGAGGGGUGGGAUCCGCGGGACCCGGGAAGAUAGACCCAGACCUGGAUGCACCGCGAGGAGAAUGGAGUCUCCUAAAGCCUCCCGGGGCUGAUGUAAAAUUUGACCAUCUGAUUCCAGUUUUCCUUCCCUUUUCUUUUUUUAUUUCCUCCCCUCGCCAUCCAUCGUGUAGUGAAUUAUUAAACCUUGCUCCGUUCCAAGAGAGGAGAUCAUGAUUGAAUGAAGCCACCGAGUCCGCAGCAAGGAAAAGCACAAAGAGGAGAUUUCAACGAUGGCCAAGUUGACAGAAUCCAUGACUAACGUCCUGGAGGGUGACUCCAUGGAUCAGGAUGUUGAGAGCCCUGUGGCCAUUCACCAGCCAAAAUUGCCUAAGCAGGCCAGGGACGACCUGCCAAGACACAUCAGCCGAGACCGGACCAAAAGGAAAAUCCAGAGGUACGUGCGGAAAGAUGGAAAGUGCAACGUCCACCAUGGAAACGUGAGGGAGACCUAUCGCUACCUGACCGAUAUCUUCACCACCUUAGUAGACCUCAAGUGGAGAUUCAACCUGUUGAUUUUCGUCAUGGUUUACACAGUGACGUGGCUCUUUUUUGGAAUGAUCUGGUGGCUAAUUGCAUACAUCCGAGGAGACAUGGACCACAUAGAGGACCCUUCAUGGACUCCUUGCGUCACCAACCUCAAUGGGUUCGUCUCUGCUUUUUUAUUCUCCAUAGAGACAGAAACCACCAUUGGUUAUGGCUAUCGGGUCAUCACAGACAAGUGCCCAGAGGGAAUUAUUCUCCUCUUAAUCCAAUCUGUUUUGGGGUCCAUUGUCAAUGCAUUCAUGGUGGGAUGCAUGUUUGUAAAAAUAUCGCAACCCAAGAAGAGGGCAGAGACCCUGGUUUUUUCCACCCAUGCAGUGAUUUCCAUGAGGGAUGGGAAACUGUGCCUGAUGUUUCGCGUAGGGGAUCUGAGGAAUUCCCACAUCGUGGAGGCUUCCAUCAGAGCUAAGUUGAUCAAAUCCAAACAGACCUCAGAGGGGGAGUUCAUCCCCUUGAACCAGACAGAUAUCAACGUAGGGUAUUACACCGGCGACGACCGUCUCUUUCUGGUGUCACCACUCAUCAUUAGCCACGAAAUUAACCAACAGAGUCCUUUCUGGGAGAUCUCCAAAGCCCAGCUGCCCAAAGAGGAACUGGAAAUCGUGGUCAUCCUAGAAGGCAUGGUGGAAGCUACAGGGAUGACGUGCCAAGCUCGAAGUUCCUACAUCACUAGUGAGAUCCUCUGGGGGUACCGGUUCACCCCUGUCCUGACGCUGGAGGACGGGUUCUACGAAGUCGACUACAACAGCUUCCACGAGACCUAUGAGACCAGCACCCCAGCUCUCAGUGCCAAAGAGCUGGCCGAGUUAGCCAGCAGGGCUGAGCUGCCCCUGAGCUGGUCCGUCUCCAGCAAACUCAACCAACACGCAGAACUGGAGACUGAGGAGGAAGAAAAGAACCCUGAGGAACAGACGGAGAGGAAUGGUGAUGUGGCGAAUCUAGAGAACGAAUCCAAAGUUUAGUCCCCUGGCUGGGCCACCCCUUCUCCUCUCCGCCCACAACCUUCCCUUGUCUCUCAUUCUCUUUCUUUUCUGUCUCUCUUACUUUGUUCUUUCCUUAUAUUGAAGUUUGGCAUUACCAGAAAUCAAAUCUUCAAGGUGUAAAAUAUCUACCUGCCCUCUCAGUUAUUCAGAUUGACAAGGCAGAUUCAGAUUGGGUUAAGGUGUCAUGUGCCCUCAUUUGUGACCCAAGCCUGGUCUCCUCCCUGAAUACGACACAUCCAAGUCCUAGAGAUUUCUGCUACUUACCUGCAUGUGUUGUACAAUACCAGAUCACUCAAAAGAGUGCGUCAAAGAGUUUACCUGGGAUAUGAUGAGGAAGGUCUCUGGUGCCUAUUCAUUCAUGCAGUGAGACAUAGAGUCGAGCCCUCAGUUUUAUACAUCUCAAUAAAUUUCAUCUACAGGGCGAGGUGCUUGCCCUCUGCGGGCAUUGCAUUUAUAGGACCCAGGUGAGGUAACGACAAAAUACUGUACAUAUAUAUGCCUUAUGUAAUUAUUUUCUUUUGCAGUUAGUAAUAAAACCCAGCAUGUACAAAAGUACUGUAGAACAAAACUUCUAAAUAAUGUACAUAGAUGUAAAAUUAAUGUAGGUUUAGAUAAAUAACUUUAGAAAUAAGA